UCUGCUUCACUCCCUCACUCUCUCAUUCAGUCACACUUAGAAUGCCUGUUGAUCGCUGGGACAGGGGAUCAUUGUCUCCUGAGCUGCGUGGAAGAUCUUUCAGUCCUCCGGCUGAACCCAGUGUGGCAAAGCCAAAUGCUGGUCCUUCGACGAGGGUCAAGUAUGAUGCGGAUGAUAUUCAGAGGAUAAGGCUUGAAAAACUAUUUGCAAAUCCCACGAAAGAGAUUGCACUCCCUACUGGACCGAAAGAACGGACUCUACGAGCACCUCGAGAGAUGAUGAAGAAUGUCCAAGGAUCUUCUUCCGGAGCUGGAUCAGGUGAAUUUCACGUAUACAAGCAGAGUAGAAGGAGAGAGUAUGAGCGAUUAAAGAUGAUGGAGGAUAAGAACAGACAGAUCGAGGAGCAAAAAGCGUUCCAAGCCCGUCAAGAUGCCCGAGACGCAGCGACAGAAGCGAAGACAGCGAAGAAUCGAGCCAAGCGACAGAAGCGCAAACAAGGACGUAAAGGAGAUGAUGGACUUACUGGAUCUGCUGAAGGAGGAGGUGGAGGAGGUUCAAAACUGAGAAAGUUGGAGCAUGGUUCAGGAGGCAAAGUCAUGUUCAAGAGGCCGGGGCAAGACUCGGAUAGCGACGAGGAUGGUGACGAAAGCGGUGCUGCUGCGAAUGAGGAGGAAGCUGGUCCGAGUAUUGAUGCUAUGGCGAAGCCUGAGGACCCUGCGCCUGUCCCCGUUGUCGUGGAGGAGACGAAGAUAUUGAUUCACGAUGAUGAUUAGUGGUCUUUGGGACAUCAUAUGGAAGUAGAUCAUUGUGUGCAGCCACAGGUAUCUAAAGAGAUGGUGUAGUAUACUGGGAGCCGUUGCCCUAUAUAUGCUUUUGGCUGAACUCAGAGACGGU